AUGAGUGUGGACUUAAGACCUUUGAAGGUUGCUAAAGCCCAAUUCCUUCCAAUCCCCUCCAAGGACUACAAGCCCCGCCUCUCCCUCGCUCCCCAUCGUCUGCCUGAUCUGUUUCCUUUUUGUUUACCCCAUGCUUUUGCUCCUUCCACACUGGCCUUCGUGUCCAUCCUGCUCCUGCUCUUUCUCGCUUUUAUUUCUCGCCCUGAAACCACCAUUCCACAGAUAUUAGGAAACCUGAUGGCUUGUUCCCUCUUUUCCAAGAAAUCUGUGCCCCAAAAUGAUCUUAUCAAUGAGGGCUUCUCAGAUGCCUCAUUGAAAGGACAUUCACUCACCCCCGCAACCCCCCGGAAAAUAAAGCUGGAAGUGGGUACAGAGAGUGAGGACAGUGCGGUAUUCGUGGAGCUGGGUGGACUAGGAAAGCUCAUCUGCACUGUGAGAGAUAACAUUGAGCAGAGCCUGGGGGAGGUGAGGGACGAGGCUUGUGGUCGCUGGAGGAGUAACAGCGAAGGCCAGGGCAGGAGCAGGUCUGUUGUUGCAGUUAGAAGGAAAGGGUGGCUGGACGAAAAAUGUGAUGAGCCACUUGUGUCUGGACUCCCCCAUGUAGCUUUCAGCAGCUCAUCCUCUAUGUCUGGGAGCUAUUCUCCUGGCUAUGCCAAGAUCAACAAGCGAGGGGGUGCUGGGGGAUGGUCUCCAUCAGACAGUGACCAUUAUCAAUGGCUUCAGGUUGACUUUGGCAAUCGAAAGCAGAUCAGUGCCAUAGCAACCCAAGGAAGAUACAGCAGCUCAGACUGGGUGACCCAAUACCGCAUGCUCUACAGCGACACAGGGAGAAAUUGGAAACCCUACCAUCAAGAUGGGAAUAUCUGGGCAUUUCCUGGCAACGUCAACUCCGAUAGUGUGGUUCGGCAUGAUUUACAGCAUCCAGUAAUCGCCCGCUACGUGCGCCUCGUGCCUCUGGAUUGGAACGGAGAAGGCCGCAUUGGGCUCAGAAUUGAGGUCUACGGCUGCUCUUACUGGGCUGAUGUUAUCAACUUUGAUGGUCAUGUUGUGUUACCAUAUAGAUUCAGAAACAAGAAGAUGAAAACACUGAAAGAUGUCAUUGCUUUGAAAUUUAAAACCUCCGAAAGUGAAGGGGUACUCUUGCACGGGGAAGGACAGCAAGGGGAUUAUAUUACUUUGGAACUGAGAAAAGCCAAGCUGGUCUUCAGUUUAAACCUAGGAAGCAACCAGCUUGGCCCCAUAUAUGGCCACACGUCCGUGAUGACAGGAAGUCUGCUGGAUGAUCACCACUGGCACUCUGUGGUCAUUGAGCGCCAGGGCCGGAGCAUCAACCUCACCCUGGACAGAAGCACGCAGCACUUCCGCACCAACGGGGAGUUUGACUACCUGGAUUUGGACUAUGAGAUAACCUUUGGAGGCAUACCUUUCUCGGGUAAGCCAAGUUCCAGCAGUAGAAAGAAUUUCAAAGGCUGCAUGGAAAACAUUAACUACAAUGGCAUCAACAUAACUGAUCUCGCAAGAAGGAAGAAACUAGAACCCUCAAAUGUGGGAAAUUUGAGUUUCGCGUGCGUGGAGCCCUACACGGUACCUGUCUUUUUCAAUGCUACCAGUUACCUGGAGGUGCCUGGACGGCUUCAUCAAGACCUGUUUUCGGUUAGUUUCCAGUUCAGAACUUGGAACCCCAAUGGUCUUCUGCUUUUCAGUCGUUUUGCGGAUAAUUUGGGCAACGUGGAGAUUGACCUCACUGACAGCAGAGUCAGCGUUCACAUCAACAUCACGCAGACCAAGAUAAGCCAGAUAGAUAUUUCCUCAGGUUCUGGGUUGAAUGACGGCCAGUGGCAUGAAGUCCGUUUCCUAGCUAAGGAGAAUUUUGUUAUUCUCACUAUCGAUGGAGAUGAAGCCUCAGCAGUUCGAACUAACAGUCCUCUUCAAGUUAAAACUGGCGAGAAGUACUUUUUUGGAGGUUAUCUGAACCAGAUGAAUAACUCAAGUCACUCUGUCCUUCAGCCUUCAUUCCAAGGAUGCAUGCAGCUCAUUCAAGUGGAUGAUCAACUUGUAAAUUUAUACGAAGUGGCACAAAGGAGGCCAGGAAGCUUUGCGAAUGUCAGCAUUGACAUGUGUGCCAUCAUAGACAGAUGUGUGCCCAAUCACUGUGAGCAUGGUGGGAAGUGCUCGCAAACGUGGGACAGCUUCAUAUGCACUUGUGAUGAGACGGGAUACAGUGGGGCCACCUGCCACAACUCCAUCUAUGAGCCUUCCUGUGAAGCCUACAAACACCUAGGCCAGACAUCAAAUUACUACUGGAUAGAUCCUGAUGGCAGUGGACCUCUGGGGCCUCUGAAAGUUUACUGCAACAUGACAGAGGACAAAGUAUGGACCAUAGUGUCUCAUGAUUUGCAAAUGCAGACGACGGUGGUGGGCUACAACCCAGAAAAAUACUCGGUGACACAGCUCAUUUACAGCGCCUCCAUGGACCAGAUCAGUGCCAUCACCAACAGCGCCGAGUAUUGUGAGCAGUACAUCUCCUAUUUCUGCAAGAUGUCCAGGUUGUUGAACACCCCAGAUGGAAGCCCUUACACCUGGUGGGUGGGCAAAGCCAACGAGAAGCACUACUACUGGGGCGGCUCUGGGCCCGGAAUUCAGAAAUGCGCCUGUGGCAUCGAGCGCAACUGCACAGACCCCAAAUACUACUGCAACUGUGACGCGGAUUACAAGCAGUGGAGGAAGGAUGCGGGCUUCUUAUCCUACAAAGAUCACCUGCCAGUAAGCCAGGUGGUGGUUGGAGAUACUGACCGGCAAGGCUCAGAAGCCAAACUGAGUGUGGGUCCCCUGCGCUGCCAAGGAGACAGGAAUUACUGGAAUGCUGCCUCUUUCCCAAACCCAUCAUCCUACCUGCACUUCUCUACUUUCCAAGGGGAAACCAGUGCGGAUAUCUCUUUCUACUUCAAAACAUUAAUCCCCCGCGGAGUGUUUCUUGAAAAUCUGGGGAACACAGACUUUAUCAAACUCGAACUGAAAUCGGCCACGGAAGUGUCCUUUUCAUUCGAUGUCGGAAACGGGCCCGUGGAGAUUGUGGUGAGGUCACCCUCCCCUCUCAACGAUGACCAGUGGCACCGGGUCACCGCGGAGAGGAACGUCAAGCAGGCCAGCCUGCAGGUGGACAGGCUGCCCCAGCAGACCCGCAAGGCCCCAACGGAAGGCCACACCCGCCUGGAGCUCUACAGCCAGCUGUUUGUUGGUGGUGCCGGAGGCCAGCAGGGCUUUCUGGGCUGCAUCCGCUCCCUGAGGAUGAAUGGGGUGACACUGGACCUGGAAGAAAGAGCAAAGGUCACAUCCGGGUUCAAAUCCGGGUGCUCGGGCCACUGCACCAGCUACGGGGCAAACUGUGAGAAUGGAGGCAAAUGCAUAGAGAAAUACCAUGGGUAUUCCUGCGAUUGCUCCAACACAGCCUAUGAUGGAACAUUUUGCAACAAAGAUGUGGGUGCAUUUUUUGAAGAGGGGAUGUGGCUGCGGUAUAACUUCCAGGCGCCCGGGUCCAGUGCUAAGGAAUCGGGCGGCAGGUCGGAGAACUCCCCGGACCCGCAGAAUGGGACCCCAGACCUGGCCCGCGAGGAGAUCCGCUUCAGCUUCAGCACCACCAGGGCACCCUGCAUCCUCCUGUACGUCAGCUCCUUCACCACCGACUUCCUGGCAGUUCUCGUCAAACCCACCGGAAGCUUACAGAUCCGGUACAACCUGGGUGGCACCAGGGAGCCGUAUAACAUUGACGUGGACCACAGGAGCAUGGCCAAUGGGCAGCCCCACGGCGUUAAUGUCACCCGUCACGAGAGGACCAUCACUCUCAAGCUGGAUCAUUAUCCUUCUGUGAGUUACCAACUGCCAAGUUCAUCUGACACUCUGUUCAAUUCUCCCAAGUCGCUCUUUCUGGGAAAAGUUAUAGAAACAGGGAACAUUGACCAAGAGAUUCACAAGUACAACACCCCGGGAUUCACUGGGUGCCUCUCCAGAGUCCAGUUCAACCAGAUCGCCCCUCUCAAGGCAGCCUUGAGGCAAACAAACGCCUCAGCUCGCGUGCACACCCAGGGCGAGCUGGUGGAGUCCAACUGCGGGGCCUCCCCGCUCACCCUCGCACCCAUGUCGUCUGCCACCGACCCCUGGCACUUAGACCACCUGGAUUCAGCCAGUGCUGAUUUUCCAUAUAACCCGGGACAAGGCCAGGCUAUAAGAAAUGGAGUCAACAGAAACUCGGCCAUCAUCGGAGGGGUCAUUGCCGUGGUCAUCUUCACCAUCCUCUGCACCUUGGUCUUCCUCAUCCGGUACAUGUUCCGUCACAAGGGCACCUACCACACCAACGAGGCCAAGGGGGCAGAGUCGGCAGAGAGCGCGGACGCCGCCAUCAUGAGCAACGACCCCAACUUCACAGAGACCAUUGACGAAAGCAAAAAGGAAUGGCUCAUUUGA